UUUGACGGCUUCAUGUGUCAUUUUACUCGGUACUUCCGGCCAGCGACGGCGCUGUGACGAUGAUUGUAACAGCUCCAAUGUUUACGGAAGUGGACAAAACGUGAAGAAUGAGCGACUACUGACAUACACGGACUGCUACUUAAAUGUGCAGUUUAAUUGUCCAAUAAAAUUUAAUCUCGAAGUACAUUUCAAAUAUGAAUGAUACAAAUAUCAUACCUUACAAGAGAAAUACUUUAGACAGGGGGAACUAACCAAAUAUAAAGUCUUGUAUAGUUAACAAGAUUAAGUUUUAUGUUUUUAUGAUGCUGCAGAAUUCUGAAUCUGAUCAUAUACAACUGGACUUGCAAACAAAUAGUAGAAAAUUUCAUGUUCUAGUUGGUUUGACUGGCAGUGUAGCUGCACUCAAGGCGCCUUUGUUGGUAACACAACUACUUGAGAUUCCAGGGGUUGAUGUCCGUGUGGUCACUACAGACCAUGCCACUCAUUUUUACGAUAUCAAUGAAGUCCCUGUCCGUGUGUUCACAGAUAAGGAUGAGUGGGAGAUGUGGACAAAGCGCUCUGACCCUGUGCUUCAUAUCGAACUUAGACGUUGGGCUGAUCUGCUAGUAAUCGCUCCACUGGAUGCCAACACACUUGGUAAAAUUGCCAAUGGAAUAUGUGACAACCUCCUGACAUGUGUGGUACGGGCCUGGGACACCAGCCGUCCUCUGCUCUUCUGUCCUGCUAUGAACACAGCCAUGUGGCAGCACCCUAUCACUGCACAGCAAGUGGCCACGCUUAAAAGCUUUGGCUACGUUGAGAUACCAUGCAUUGCCAAAAAAUUAGUCUGUGGAGAUGAAGGUAAAGGUGCCAUGGCAGAGGUUUCAACUAUUGUUGAAACUGUCAAACAAUACAAACCAGAAACAUCCUCAGUGACCUCGGACUAAACAUACCAGUGGUAAUGAGACACAAGGUUAUCUAUGGAAGCCCAUUUCCUAAUAAAAAAAAUAUAUAUAUAUAUAUAUAUCCAGAAUAAAAAAUAAUAAUUAAGGGAAUUGUUUUUUUUUUAGUUUGUUUGUUUUUUGCAAUUAUGAGUUUAUAUUUCACACUUCUGACUUUUUUUUUUCAAAAUUGUAAGAUAGAAACUCAGAAUUGUUAGAUAUAAACUUGCAAUUCUAAGAAAAAAAGUCAGAAUUGUGAAUAAAAAUUUGCAAUUACAAUUCUUAAAAGUCAAAAUUCAAAGUUUACAUCUGACAAAUUUCACUUUUUUCAGAAUUGCUAGUUUACAUCUUGCAAUUCUGUUUUUAUAUCUCACAAAUGUGACUUUUUUCUUAGAAUUGUGAGAAACAAAGUCUAAAUUGUGAAGACGCAGUUACCCUUUUAAUUUUUUAUUUUUUCGUGGCAGAAAUGGGCUUUCAAUUUCAUAGUUAUCUGCACAAUCAAUAAAGACAAUUUAAAGUAUUUAUGAUAUGUAAAAAGUUUAAUAUUUUAGUGUUUUACAAUUAUACGUUUCAAUGUUGAGAAACAAACAAACAAACAUUAUUUUUCUGUUAUUUAUGUUUGUAAUGAUUGUAUUCAUUACAUCCAUUUAUUUUUAAAUAGUAAUUUCAAAUAAAUUACUAAAUUAUAUUCAAUAUUGAAAAUGUUCCUCAUAAUAAAGUGUCACAUAUCAGCAUAGUUGAAUGUCACUGUUGUUAAAUAUUUGGAUCUGCCCUGGUAGCUAAUCCUUUUUUUUAAACUAAUUAUGAUAAAUGAUCAGAGGACUGACACAGUCUGUUGUUACUUAAUGGGCACAAAAGUCAUGUAAUGCUUAUGGCAAAUAAGGAGAAAAAUAGGAUAAAAUAAAAAUAGUAGAAUAUUUUACGGGAAAACAUAUUUAUGUUUGGUGAGGUUUACUUGAUAAAUGAAAUGUUUUAAAUAGUCUUCGACCUUGGAUUGGCAUGCAUGUUCUCUCUGUGACCUUUCACCCAGCGAGGGCCUCAGAGGUCGAGUGAGGGGCCUUUAACCACAACAGCAGCAAGAGAUUUUCAUGAAAAUAGUCAGGUUGUGCUAGAAAAUACUAAUGCUCUCAACACCUCCAAAUACCUUGUUUUGUUCAGGUACAUAUCCUGUUGCAGGUUACCGUUAGAAAUGUGUUCCAUCUGUUAAUCAUUUGUGGUUAACCACCUUGAUUCUCAUUUGGCUAAAAUAUACCAACAGCAUGAGUAUAGAAAUGAUUUUUUUUUUUUUUUUUUUUUUUGGCACCCUUCAGCUACUGUAAAGUUUUCCAGAUUCCUCUUCAAGCAUGAUUUGACACCUGUUAAUCUGUGCUAUAAAUAUGUACAAGGUUUUAACAGCACUAAGAUUUUGAAGUUUAAACGAAGAGGGAAUCUGAAGAGAAUGUGGGAUUAUAGAGUACGGUAGUAAGAUUUUAAAGAUUUUUUUAAAUCUAGGUUUAAAGGAUAUAGUAGCAAUACUGUUUAAUUCUGUCUUAAAUGUUCUUCUUAUUUCUAAAAGUGUUGAAAUGUUACAUUUCCUAAAAUAUACAAUUUUGGGCUAUGUCAUCUGCCCUGAUUUUUUAAGUUCCACUCUGUAACAAAGUAGAAGUGUUAAAGGAGAAAUUCUAUUUUGCACUUCCUAAAAUCUGAAUCAUACUUUUAGUUAAUUUAGUAUUUGUGUGCACAUUUUUUAUAACAAAGAAUCACUGUCCCCAGUAUUGCUGCUAGUAACAUCAUGCCAGCAUUUAGUGGAGCUUUCAGGGAAAAAAAUGAUAGAAAUGAGUGUCAUGGGAAGCACACCAGAUUAUGAUCAGAAGUUCAUUUUAGUCAGUAUUUGAAACAUUUUAAUUGAUAAAUCAAACACAGUCAUUUGUAUAAAUAGGUUUGCAUCUAUACGGCAUAUGGUCGUAAUGGCUCUUGUUGACCUAUUCUGUCUACAUAAUCUUUUCCCUCAUCCCGAUCAUUGUUUUUUUGUGUCUUUUCCUCAAGGCUAAAGAUUUAUAAAAGUCUGGUCAACACACAUGCCUGACAUUGGAGUUAGAACAAAGGGUGUAUCUAUGUCACUGCGGUUUAAAAGGAUAGAUAACAUCCUGCUAAUGUGUGUAUAGGGAUAAACAGCUUAUGUGACCAUUUAUACAAUACGUGAAAUUGUUUUUAAGAGACACAUUGUUCAAAAACAACUUUCUUUGGACCUGUUAAAAUCACUC